AUGACAAAAUCAAAGCCAAGCAAAGCCCCUACCGGCGCCACCAUCAAAGAAGUCACGACCCUCCUCUCCAAAGCCCAACCCUUCCUCGAGCCCGCCCAAGAAAUCCUCUCCCUAACCUCGACCGCAGUGAGAGACCUGCAGAAGCCAGUCAACAAGUCCAAGGCCAAGAAGGCCAAGGUUGUCAUCGAGCUCGCGAAGAAGGCGACUGCCGUUGCGAGCGAGGCUAGUAUGAAGCAUAAGAAGCAGAAAGGGUUGAAGAAGAAGGAGGUCGGCGAAGAUGAGCUGCCGCUGCUGCAAGAGCAGUCGGAAGCUAGGCAUUAUUACGAUGGGCAACGAUCUGACAGAUACUAUUACGAUGUCGAAAGGCAUGAAUGGGAGCAGCCUGGAGAAAGGAGCCACCGUAAGUAUUAUCGUCGGUAUUAG